GUGAGAGAGAGGGGGAAGGAACCUGCUCUCCUCUCGCACUUUGCAGGACGGUCCGCGCAGGAUUAAGACGCAUUCUCUUGCUUCUGGGGGAAGAGAAAAGAACAUCAACAUCAAAACUUUAACCCCUUUUGGAAUUUAAAAUCCCUAAAUCCUUACGAAAAAAAAAAAAAAAAAGACCCUUACUUCUCUCGUAUAUAUAUAUAUAUAUAUAUAUUAGUAGUAUAUAUAUUAUUGCAUAUUGUAUAUAAUAUAAUAUAUAUAUAUAUACAUACAUUGGAUUGGAAAAAACUCAUUUCUCUGAAAAAAAAAUUACCUUUUUGGAUAAUUUUGCCUUUUACACUCACGUGCCCCACCUACAUGCUGUUGCAAGAACCAAGAGGAAGUAACCCAUAUACUACCAGGACACUUAUUCGAAACCUGUGAAUCUUACUGAGACAUUUUGGCUACUCAUUUCAACUUUUGGUGCUAUAUAUAUAUAUACAUAUAUAUACACACACAUUACAUUUUAUACUUGGAUUAUAUAUAUACACACAUAUAUAUAUAUAUAUAUACUCACUGAGCUACAUCAAAAGACUAUUUCUUUUUGCUAUUGUACCAAAACCCUGCGGAUUAUUAUUAUUAUUGUGAGCUUGCUUUCAGGAGGCAAUUUACACGACAACAGCAAGGAGUACAACAAGGUUCCCCUCUCUGCUGCGUCCUCUUUCACUCUGUCUGGAUUCUAAGCCUUUUUCUUUUGGAAUUCGUAUUAUGACAUGGGCAGAAGGAAAGGCAUUUCUACCACCACAUCACCAAGCUCUGCUGUGACAGCCAGCAGCGUAGCUGUACUCUCCUCCGACUAUCACCACCAACGCCUCCCCUCGGAUUGUACGACCCCCACCACGACCACCGCCGCAGUCAGCACAGGUGUCCGCUCACCCCAACACUACCACCCCUAUAAUAACUACAGCCACCGAAGCAGUGGUUGUGGUGGUGGGGGUGGCAGUAGCGGUAAGAGUAGGAAAAUGCGCUGCUACUCUGAGAACGACAACAUGACCACCACUACUGAUGUGGACUCUGAUGCUUCCUCAUUCUCCUUUUGUUACUCUCCCCGCCACAAUCACCACCACCACCAUCAUCAUCAGCCCCACCCCCACAGUAUUGUUGCUCCCGCCAACACAGCCCUGUCGGUGAUGAGCCCUCCCAGCCGCAGCAAUGACAAGGACACGACCCGUGCUCCCUGUUGCUCUGCUCCUUGCUUGGCCCUAGAGACCCUUUCGUCAUCCACACUGCUGCUCCCGGCCGCUUCCUCACCCACCCACAUGGCCCCACACAGACGCCGCUUCCUCUCGCCCCUCCGCCUCUGGACGACACUCAUCCUGUGCAUUGCACUGCUGAUGCAGCCAACCUUUGCGGAUAUAGUAGCCGGGCCCGGGCCCGAAUGGCAGCCAACCUUUGGGGAGAUGGUACCCGGGGGCGGGCCCAGCAAGCAGCUGAAGCUCAACGACAUCCAAAGUUACUUGAAGUCCCUCGACAAAAGCAAAAAGGGAGAGGCAAAUCUUGCAGCCACCACCACCGCCGCCGCCGCCGUUCAUCGCGACCCCGUUAAGGACCGGGAGCCCGUGUCGUUAAUGUGGGGUAUUGGAGAUACGACAGCCUACGUAGGACGCUUGUUUACCUAUCCCUUACCAAAUGAUGCGUUCAAAGGAGAGAUAAAGUCAUUCAAGGUAAUGGAGGCCGGCAAGACGACCCUACCCAGGUGGUUGUAUUUCGACGUCGAGACCCGUACCUUCUCUGGAGUCCCGAAACCAGCAGACAUCGCCCAGUAUUACAUUGAGGUUGUGGCGCAGGCUGAGGACCAAGGGGCUGUCAGUCAGUUCGCCAAAGACGUCUUCUCGAUUCAUGUGACCAAAGAAAGCUCAAAACCCGCCACGGCAAUCAGUGGUUCAUCGUCAAAGAAGAACGGCAAGGGUUCAAAUUCUCCACCGGUCGUCCGAUGCAUGCCCCAGGAGCCAGAGACAGCAUUUACGCUAAUUGUUGAUGCCGACCUUGAUCAACUUCCUCCCCACGGCAUUGUGGGACUGUUAAAGAAACUGGAGCACAAUCUGGAGCUUGUGUCUGAGAUGUUUAAGGUCGGUCCUGCCACCACUGGCAACAGGCCCAUCCCUCCUGUCCGUGCAGUCGCCCCAGACACAUCGUCCUCAUCCACCCUUGUAUCAGGGCCCGGUGACACAAAAACCGCAAAACACCCCGGGGUGCUUGUCACGUGGCUGGUUGGUUGUGGCCGAGUGGAGCCGCAGCACAUGAACGUUCUACAGAGGGUGGAAUCAAUUUCGGCAAAUGGCACCUUGUCCGAGCUCCUCGGUCAUGGAGUCGUUGGGUGGCAUGUGACAAACAGACAAGUACCCCUGCCUGAGAAGAGGGUAAGGCGUGCAGCCAUCAUGGCCACCCCGGCUGUCACUGACAUUGCACCGACAGUCAUGGCAACAAGGACCCGUGGUCACGAAGGAGAUGGAGGCAUGACCCACCGUGUGCCCACCAUGGAGUCGUCCCUCAUACAACCGACACGCACCCACCCGCAUUCGCACAAGACCCACCACCGACAUACAGAUGGAAUGACCACUCUGCACCCGUCGACCAUGGGCCCGAAAGGCGGAAGCACCCUGAAGACGAAAUCUCUGCCGGAUGGAACGUUCACAAUGACCGGAGGGGACGUUAGUAUGACUGGAGUCGUGCCCCCAAUCAUUCCAACGAAACCCUCGACGGGGAUGGCCACCAGCAUGCCCGAAUAUUGCAGUCACGCAAGAAAGCUAAAACCACGAAUAGCGCACAGGAUUCCCGUACAGGAAUUCGAGGCCGGGAAGCGGGCCUACUUCUCCGUGCCGUCUGAUACGUUCAUUGACUGCAAGGACCCCAGCGACCGCCUGAAGCUGGAAUUUUUCCUUGACGAUUACAAGCAAAUCCCUCCCUACUUUUGGCUGCAGCCGGACCCGGCCAACGACAAGAGCAUGAUUGGGCUCCCAAUGGAAAGCAACGUGGGCAUCCACAACAUGACGGUGGUGGCAGUAAACAGUGAUGGGAUGACCGACUAUUUGGACUUCCUCGUGAAGGUCCUCAAGAACAAGAAGCUCAAAAGCAACGAGGUGACCCACAAGAUCAAGAUGAAGUUCAGCAUGGAGUACAAGAAGUUCAUGUCCAACAUCAACUCGAGGCUAGAUCUCAUCGACAAGAUCGGCAAAUUGUACGGAGACGCAGACGCGAGCAGCGUCACGGUGCUCGAAAUAACAGAGGGGUCCGUGGAGGUGUCGUGGACAAACAACACUCUCGUCGGCACAAAAUGCCCCGACGAUGCCACCAAGGCCCUUUUUGAACGCCUGGUUGAUGACAAAAAGCAGGUGAAACGUUCAGCAAGGAAAGCAAUGAAACCUUUCAAGCUGCAGUCGGCCCAAAUAAUCCCGAUGGGGGCUUGUGCUGGGGGCUAUAUCAACCCAAUGCCAAGCACCACAAUGGCAGCAGCAACCACACCAGAACUCAAGAAACAACAGUCUGACGAUGAGAAUGAUAUUCUUAUUUCGACCGUUGUCCCUGCGGUCAUCAUUGUGUCUAUAUUGCUUCUGGCCCUGCUCGUCGCUUGCAUCCUUUACCGAAAGAAACGGAAAGGAAAGAUGUCGCUCUCGUCUGCCGGCGAACACGACGCGUACAGCGGGAAGGGUGCCCCGGUGAUCUUCGCCGAAGAGCUCGAGGACAAACCGACCGACUGCCAAAGGCCCCUGAUCCUGGACGACGAAAAGCCACCACAUCCCCCUCCUGAGUACCAGCACUCGUCCAGCGAGAGCACCCAGUCGACCCCGAACCAGGACCGAAGAAGAGGCGGGCAUCGCAGCGAUGGGGGAGUAAACGAACCCAUACUCGGCUCGCAGCCGUAUGAGCCACCACCUCCCGUCACCGCGUCGCAGGGCAAGAAGCAGCCGCGUCCCCACGUGCAACCCCCCUACAGAUCACCUCCUCCAUAUGUGCCUCCAUAAGAUCAUUGCUGAAGUGUAAUUAUAUAUAUAACUGUAUGUAUAUAUAUAUAUGUAUGUAUGUAUAUAUAUA